AUUACCCACAAGGGCGUCAUGAUGCGUCACAUCCAUUAGAAUUUACAGAGACCCCUGACCCCCUUUAGCCCUCUUGAGUAUCCUUCCAUGAGAGCUUCCAAAAACCGACUGAUGGUGAUGUCCUCAGUAUUCCCAGCCGGUACGGGACUAGAAGGGAGUAGGGCUGUUCCAGAAGAUUUAACCACAUCUUUAAUUCACAUCGUGACCUGUCGAGAUGGAGUCGAACAAAACGUCGCUGGCCUGCUUGAUCCUGGUGAUGAUAUCGGGCGUCUGGAGUGAGAGUAGUGUUCCCUCCGACAAACGGUAUGCCAUCUUGGACAAUGACUGGCUGGCGGUGGGGUUUUUGCCAUUCCUACUUGUCAUGAAGGGCGGCAUGGAAGUUCUAGGAUUGGUGUCAAAUACCGCUAACACCUGGCAGAAGCAGUGUGGUCUCCACGCCCUGGCAAACCUCGAGUUGGCCAAUUUAACUUGUAUUCCGGUAUAUCAAGGGGCGACAUGGCCUCUGAUCAACACACCCGAGCGGUUUCAGGCGUGGGAGACUGUUCACGGAAGACUCCCAUUUCAGGGAGCCUUUGGCCCACUCAAUCUCACGGCCGAGCGAACAGGCGAAAACCCAGCUUCAGGAGAUCCAAAUCGAAUCGUGAAGGAAGCAUUUGUGGAAGGGUUUCCAAACACUAGUUUCAACGAUGCAACUAAUGCAGCAAACUUUAUGGUCGAGAUGGUCCAUCGGCACCCCCAUCAGGUCUCCGUUUUCUCUGGCGGAGCUUUGACGAACAUCGCAUUGGCAGUACGAAUAGACCCUUCUUUCGCGAGCUUAGUCAAAGAGCUGGUGAUUAUGGGAGGCUAUGUCGAUGUGGACAUGUUUCGAGCUCUUGGGGAUCAAGGACAGGCGAACAUCAAUUCAGAUAUCAACUUCAAAAUGGACCCUGAGGCAGCUAAAAUCGUCCUUAACGCUGAUUUUCCGGAUAUCACCCUUGUUGGGAAUGUCGCGAAUCAAAUCCAGGCAACCCAGGAAUUUUUGGAUGAGGUCUAUCAGGUCAAGAACCCGCUGACCAGGCUUUUCCAUGACCAUUAUGGCACACGAUUCCCGUUCUGGGAUGAGACGGCGGCAGGUGUUAUGGUAGACCGGUCAAUCGCUCUGAACACAUCUACGGUAUAUGUCGACGUUGAUAUUUCGUAUGGUAGCACCAGUUACGGGGACGUCCUUGUCUAUAACCCGGAGCUUCGGCCACUUGGGGUACGCAAAGUGACCUAUGUCAAUCGGGUUAAUGGGGUCAAGCUGAAGGAGAUGAUGAAGGAGGCAAUGUGGGAACCCCCCACCUGUUAAGGCUUAGAGGACAUAGAAUUCCGUUAAGUCGGUCACCAUAAGUACUUCAUGGUUUCUGAUAACACAGGCCCAUAUCGCAUUAAUAAUAGCCCUCUGACAGCCCAAGCAUGGGUGAUUGGUUAUUAAUUUUGUUUAAGCGGGUAUCUGUACGGGCUUGAGCAAUUUUGCGAGAACCCAUUGAACGUUUUUGUCAAACUACCUGCACGAAAUCGAUGGGGGUGAGCGGCUCACUGAGUACAAGUGACUGCUCAGGGAGUGGUGAUCCGUGAUAUGAAAUACCUGAGCGCCCUCACUAAAGCGGCGGUGUUCCGAAAGGGAAAGUCUACGAUCGUCCUAGAAAAUCAAGUACGUAUAGGUACACACCUACGGAGACAAGUAGAAUAUCGAUAAUCAUUGGAA